AUGGCUUCUCAAUCGAAACAAUAUACUGCACUUUACAACUUUGAGACUACCGUUUUAAAGUCUCUGGAUCCAGCUAAAAAGUUGGGUGGCAUUGCUGGAGUUCCCAAGCUACUAGAAGAGUACCCGAACCAAAACUUCCGGCAGAGUUUGUUCACAAAACUUGCUAGUCAUUUUACUGAUUCUGAUAAAACUAAAAGAGAUAAAAGAGACAACAGAAUACGAGUGCAAUUCGUUAAAGUGUUUGAACUUUGCGAAAAAUACUUAGUCGAAAACGAUGAUGACGACGAGGACUGUUUUAACCGAGUUAUUAAUGAUAUCGCGGGGAUUCUGGGCAAGCAAAGCAAUGACCCGAUUCUCGAAAGAUUUUUGUCUCCCGAAGAAGCCGAAGCAAAAGCAGCUAUAAAUACAGCAGAUAAAAUAUGCGCAAAAUGUACAAAUUCGGAGACUUUGACAAAAUUCCCAGAGUUUCUGUUUAAGAGAACACAAAAAAUGGUUAUGCAAGACCAUGUAUCUUCUUCGGUCAAACUUCAACUUAUAACAAUAUUUCGGCACAUGCAUGGAAACAUCGAGCUAACUAAACAGUCAAACAAUAGAUGUCAUGAGCUACUCAAUAAAUAUGAUUCAGAAGAAAUGUUCGUAUUAAAAAUUCUACGCACCUUGACAAUCCUCUCGAAUCGUGCACGCAUCCUGCGAGCUAGUCAGAUAGAGUUACUAUUCAAGUAUAUAUUAAACGAUCCACGUGAAAAAAUAAAAUCCUGGGCUUUGACAGAUCUCACGUUCUUGAUUAAAGAAAAUGGGCAGAUUGAUAAUGACCUGCUGCCGAAAAAUAUAGCAAAUCGCGAUUCAUUGGGGAUCACGCGUAUCUUGGACCUAUUUAACCUGUUAGAAACCACCACAGACGCGAUCGCUAUAAAAGUUUUGCGUCUUAUUACGAUUGAUUUUAGACGCACAUUUUCCUUUCAAAAACUCAUUUCAUUGGAUUCGGGCGAUAUUUUUCACAAAUUUCUUCGCGCUUUGCGUCACUGUAUUUACUUGCUAGACAGCUCAAAUAGUAAAGUAUGUUUGGCUGUCGCCGGAUUAUUCACCGUCAUGAUUAAUGAAAUGUCGCGGAUCAGUACAGAGAGUAGUGUGAAGAUUUCUUCUGAAUUUGUAAAAAUAUUCCAAGAACUCCCCGUAAUGACUGCAAAUUCUGUCUGGACCAGCAUUUAUCAUCUUUCAUCCUCAACUAAUAACGACCAAGGAAAUAAAAGAAUAUCUGGAGCAUCUAUAUUUGCUCUGCUUUACCCAGCAAUACCUUAUCGAAGAGUUACUUCGCCAGGUUCUCGGAAUGCUGAUAAAAAUGAACUCGCUUCAAUUCUACAGAAAUUCCUUUUAAAAUUCGCAAGCCAGCACGCUCCCUAUAUCAAGAAUCAGGCGAAAGAUAUUUUAUCAAGACUAGAAUUUGAUAUAAUAAUGCAACGUCCGAAGAUCUUUACAAAUCUGAUGAAGAUCACUCUCAAAGCAUCUUUCGGCACUUCGAUAACUGUGAUUCAGAGAACCGCGCUCGUCAAUAGCGUAAUUGCUAAUAUCCGGAAAUUCGGGGGAUGGAACAACGAACAUUAUACACAGAAUAAGUGGUAUCUAUACUUGAUUGCUAAAGAAGCUGCAAUAACCGGAUGUUUUGAGAUUAUGAGUGAUAUUAUGAACUCGUUAGCUACUCAAGUAGAAUCAGAUUCAUCGAGUCGCUUCUUAAAAGCGCUAAAAACACUAGCACAAGUUGAAUUGUCUGUUUUGGAAAUAACAAAAGUUGCCACAGAAUUAGACACAAAGUUCGAGGAAUAUUUGUUAAAUUUCGAUUUUAUCACAAAAUUAUAUAGAGCUACGGAAGCUAGGCUAAUGGGUGAUACGAAGAUGGUGUUUCAAGAGUGGUUUUGUAGCCUUCGUAUGGAAUUCCUUACCUGUAUACAUAGCCUUUUGGGUAUAUUGAAUGCUGCUAUAAGAUCACGUGGAAAAAUUGAGCGCUAUGGGAUCGUAUGUCUGGUAUUAGCCUACUCCAUUCAGAGUAUGCUCACAACGUCAGAGACCACCAACAACUAUGAUUGGAGUACUCUGUGGCGGGCACAUCAACAAUAUCUAAAUUCGCUUAAUUCCACGACACAUAAUCAUGCAGAAAAACCAACUUCGUUCUUACUUGCUCGAUCUAUUCAGUUUCUAGCGACUGUCAAGAAUCCCGAGAAGGGGAAACCUGUCCCACGACAAAAACAAGGGUCACCACCAAGUAGAAAGAAAUCACUGAUCUCUGUAAAAAAUAUCACGACUUUACGUGAUUUUUUGGUUGAGAUAUUGAGUAUUCCAUUGUCUCUUCCGCCUCUUUUCUUUGUAAUUCGUAAGGCUGAAUGGAUUAAUUCAAUGACCACCAAACCUUCAUAUGAAGCUCUCAUUCAAGCAUUACGUAAUCGAAGACCCGAAUAUUUCGAUUGGCGAAUAAAACUCACGUUUCAGUUUGAGGGUAGUCUACAACUACCAAAUGCCAAAAUAGUUCGACAUCAUAUUAGAUAUAUCAAAGUAUUUAUAUUCGGGUCAGUUGAAAACUUAGAUUACUAUGAUCGUAAAAGCGCAUUAGAGCGUACAUUAAAACCAAGAAUGGAAUUCGCGAAACGAGCGCGCACAACCCAGUAUUACGAUUCAAAGGCAAGAAAAUCACCGAUGCCUUUUGCAUUGGAAGUCUGUUAUCCGCUAGAAGCUGAAGUUGAUGUAGAAAACGGUUCCUUCAAGUGUAUAUUACUUGUUAACUGGUUAGAUAAUCCGAAUGAUGGGUAUUUUAAUGUUCAUAUAGAGGCAAUAGAUGAUAGUGAAGUAGCAUGGACAAUUGGGCCGGAUCUGACGUUUCCUGU